UCCUGCUUCACUGCACUCUCAUUUGAGUUAAGACUAAAAAACUUGCAGUUACAGAGAGAGAAAGAGGUGGAGGAAAAAUCAAAACCCAGCUCACAUUCUCACCAUCUUCAUCGAAAGAAAAUUAGGAAAUUUGGGGGCAUUAAAGAAGAGAAUUUGUAUACAUUUUUUUUUGUGAGGAUGUCUGAAACAUAUACAAUGAGUAACAAUGAGGUGGUUCAACAUUAUUUGAGUAGUACAAUUCCAGAUGAAAUUGCUAAAAAUUUGAAAGAGAUCUUUCCCGAGUUUGGCGAUCUUGAUGAUGAAGAAGUCCUUCUGCAACAGGAAAGUGCAUACAUGUAUAUUCAAGCCAAUGGAAAGAACGAAAUUACCACCUCUGCUUAUGGUCAAACCAGUAACAGGAGUGAGUUUUCAACAGAAGCUGGUGAAUCGUCAUAUGGCACAAGUGUUGAAUCACAGUUGGCCCUUGAUGAAGCCCUUGCUAGGUCCUUGGAGUUGGGAGAUGAUUUUGACAAUUUAUAUAUUUCUGAGCAGAGUGGUACUGCAGCUGAGAGCGGAGGAUCGACUCCUAGGGAAACACCUGUCAGGACUGUGAAUCAGAACAUAAGAGAUGAUGAAAUUGAUACGGAUAAUAUGACCUAUGAGCAACUGCAAUCACUAGGGGAAGCUGUUGGACAUGAGAGCAAAGGACUUUCAGAAGACCUCAUCUCACGAUUGCCAAGUUUCAAAUACAAAACUGGGUUGUUUUCAAAGAGAAGGGAAAAGGAAGAGUGUGUGAUUUGUUCUGCCAAAUAUAGAAACGGGACUCGACUGACCACUUUGCCUUGUACACACAUCUAUCAUUCAGUAUGUAUUCUUCGAUGGUUGAAAAUCAGUAAGAAGUGUCCCGUGUGUCAAAAGGAGGUACGGGAUGAGUAAUUCACAAAUCCUCGCUGGACAGAAUGCAGCUAUAAAUUUCACUUGUUUUCCAAUUAUCAAAUUCUACCGUGAAAAGGAAAUAGUCGUAAUUUCCUACUUGUUCUUGUGGAUAUAUAUAGCUUCUUGACUUACUUGAAGCCAUGAAGAAUGCAGUGUAUAACCGUAGUCUUAUCAUGCAGAUACUGAUGAAAAAUGUUGUUUGAGAUCAAUAAACGGCGUAUGGAAUGAAGACAGAAUUGAGUAGCCAAAGUAUUGCACCGUGCGGUCGCAUAGGCCAACAUGUCAUGCGACCGCAUGGUGCAUAACAGGGGCUAAAGUCCCCGGUUUUUCAUGACCUAUGCGGUCGCAUAGGGUAUAAAAGAAACAUUUAGUCGUUGAGGAUGGUUUUAAUUUAAAUUUCAGCGGUUUUUCACUUC